AUGCGGCGUCGUCCUCAACAUCACGAGCGAAUCGAGCGUGUUUUCGAGGCACCCGCCGACGUCGUCGCCCGGGAGGAGAAACUGCGCGGCCGGGAGGACGACGACGCAGUGGAGGCACAGGCCGAUGACGCCUUGGAGGCCCACGAGCGCCAUCGGAGGGAGCGACGCGCCCGCCUCAGCAGACGCGGGCGCCAGGAGGACGGACUCCGUCGUGAGCGUCAGCGCGUUCACGAGCUGCGACGCGAGGACGAGCGCGAUGCCGACGGCGAGCUCGUGGACGCUCUCCGGGUCCGCCAACACCGUGGACGCCGCGACGAGCGCGACGGACGCGAACGCGAGCGCGAUCGCCAGCUUGUGCGUCGGGUUCAGCCGCCGCAGCGCGCACGUCGCCGCGAGCGUCGCGGCGAACAACAGCUGCGAGUGUCGCAACGCGAGGAACGACGACGCUGGCACGCGAAGGAGCCCGUGCCACGCGAGCGACACGCCCACGAGAUCGAGCGCGGCGACGGGGGUCAGCCGCGCGCACGUCGUCGCGACGUCGCGCGCGGACGCGGACGCGGACGGCGGCGGCGACGUCGAAGAGGCGGCGCCGUCGAAGAGGCGGCGGCGACGCGUCGAGAUCGCCGCGUUCGGGCUCCCGCGCGGCGUCGAGAGGAGCGACGCGUCGUCGUCGUCGUCGUCGGUGCCGUCCUCGCUUCUUCCGCCUCUCCGCCGUCGCCGCCGCCGCGGUCGCGCGCGCUCGCGGACGUGGAACGCGUGCGCGGGGAGACACGCGGCCAUCGCGAGGAAGCUCAUCAGCGUCACGAACAGCGGCUUCCUGAACGCGCGGUUCAACUCGCCGACGGGACCGCCGCCGCUCGCGUCGUCGCCGUCGCCGUCGCCGUCGCGCUCCCACGCGAGUCCGUCGCCGCGGACCUCGUAGACGAGUUUCCCGCACAGCGCGACGAUGACGCCGUAGCCGAGCAGCGCCGCCGCGCCGACGCGCGCGAGGACGCGGCGCGCGUAGAGGAGCUCCAAGGACGCGCGCGUCUCCGUCUCCAUCGCGCGCGCGCUCCCUCCUCGGCAGCCUCCGCCGCGCGCGCGAAGUGUUCGACGGUCGAGUUCUGA